CAGAUAGAGUAUCUAUUACACAAGCAGGAGAGUAAAAAAGUCAUAAUAGCAACUUCUUCAGCCUGGAGAGGGGUUGACAUCAAACUUUUAAAACAGUCUCAAUCAUCAUGUGGUCUUAAUGUUAUUAUUCCUUUUCAAAUGGCAAACCAGAGAGCCUUAGAACAAGCUAAUGGGAGAUCUGGAAGACAAGGGCAGCCCGGAACCGUUAACAUAUACCUUACGGACAAAGAUUUGUUUUACAAGAUUCCCGAAUUUGAAGUUGGCAAUGACAACUUGGCAAAACUUGAAUUGUAUUUUUCUGAAUAUCUCAGAACAAAUUUCAGAUGGAUAUAUAACGGAAAAGAUAAAUAUGGUUUAGGAAAUAUGAUGUUUCCAAUUGGUGUGACGGUCCCAAUUGUUUUAGAUAUCUUUGCGAAUUUACUCUCUUAA